AUGCAAUGGACCACGUCACGAUGGUCGACCAAUCCCUAUUUCGCCCUAGUGAUUGCUGUCAUUGCCUGUGGCGGGAUUCCCAAAGGCUAUGACGAGGGUGGUUAUAGCGCCAGCGUCUCCCUCCCCUCGUUCAAGUCCGACUACAACCUCACUAAACACCGAGGGAUCGACGAAACAGAGCUAGCUAAUCGACGAGCGAACAUCUCCUCCUUCAACGUGCUAGGUGCAGCAUUCGGUGCUCUGAUAGUCCUCGAUCUCAAUGAUCGACUCGGGCGCCUGGUGGCGUGGCGGCUAGCAUGCAUCGUGUGGGCAACGGGAACAUUGAUCCAAGUAUUCGCGUCCGGUAUAUACGGACUGCUCUUGUUUAGUCGCAUAUGGGCCGGGUUAGGAGCCGGCGGUCUAACAGUGACUGCGCCAUUGUAUUUGGCCGAAAUAGCCCCUGCUAAGACGAGAGGUCUAGUGGUGGGGAUAUACAUGGUGUUCUUACUGGCCUUUCUAGCCAUGGGGUUCUUUGUCAACUAUGGUGCUAGCGUCCACAUGGCGACCACGCGAACCCAAUACCGCCUAGUUCAGGCUGUGCCACUAAUCCCUAUGGGUAUCGCAUAUGGUCUGUCCUACCUUUGCCCUGAGACGCCUCGAUAUCUCGUUUCCAAACAGCAUCAUCAGGAAGGGCUAAAGGCUCUGGCACGGCUACGUGGCAGGGCUAUCGACGACGCCGAAAUCACAAAGGAGUUCGCGACUAUCGAUGCCCGGGAGCGGGAGCGAGCGACAGACCUGGCAUCUGUCUCUCAUUGGGCUAUAUUCAAAGAGACACAGACGAACCCGAAUUACCGGCAGCGCUUCUGGCUGCUAAUUACUAUGCAAACUAUUGCUCAGUGGACCGGCGGGAACGGCAUCACAUACUACGUAACGAACAUAUUCCAGUACGCCGGCCUAGCAGGCGACUCCACAUCCCUCGUCUCCUCCGGCGCCUACGGGAUAGUCAAACUAGUCUUCACGAUGGCCUUCACAUGGGGUCUGAUCGACCUCCUCGGUCGGCGCCGCUGCACGCUCGCUGGACUGAGCCUGCAGCUGUGCGCGCACAUCUACAUGGGUAUAUACAUGGGCCUACGCCCACGCUCAGCAGACAACAGAGACGCCUCCAAUGCAGCUGUUGCCUCGGUCUUCGUCUACGCCAUUGGCUGGUCCAUCGGCCUUUGCACAGUGCCUUACCUGUACGGCACGGAGAUCUUCCCAACGCGCAUCCGCAAUGUCAGUUACGCGAUUAGUAUGGCGCUGCACUGGUUCUUCCAGUUUGCUGUUGUGCGAGUUACCCCGAACAUGUUUGUAUCGCUUGAUGUCUGGGGUGCCUAUCUUUUCUGGGCGCUUAUUUGCUUUUCUGGGCUGGCUAUCCUUGGUAUUUGGAUGCCUGAAACGAAGGGUGUGCCUAUUGAGCGGAUGGGAGAUCUGUUUGACGGGCCGUGGUAUCUGCGGUGGCGGGAUAAGCCGAGAGAGUGGGAUGUUGCUUCGCCGACUGGUAUACCGCAGAAUAUUGCGUCGAAGGAUGGUCGUGUCUUGAAGUCUGUUGAUUCGGCCUUGUGA